UCGACGGGUUCAGUCUUCGUUGGAUCGUUGCCAAGUGUGUGUCGUAGAUCGGUGCACUCGUUUACCCUUGUGCGUCGAUUCGGCGUGGUUUUUCGUUCGCCUCGACUCUUUCUUCCCUUUUUCUCUCUUUUUCCCUCCCUUUCAGUUCUCGAUUUUCUCCCCCGCACAGACAACAGACCCAGUGUGUUAUAUGUUACAUGCGCGCGCAAGCCGCUCGUUGCGUAGCGGGUCGGACCAGUGGUGAAACACGGCUAAGAAAGAUAAAAACGCUGUGUGCUGUUGUGCGUGUGCGGAGUGUGCAAUAUUUUGGUUACAUCCGGGAUAAAAACGCCACGAAAGCAAACACGAGGUGUAUCGUGAAACUCACCGAAAACGUCGCGCGAGAUAUGGAUUGGGCGCUCAAGGCUCGCCGAACGUACAAAGCGAAUCGUUGCGUGAGCGGGGGCGGUGGCCGCGGAAACAGUGCGACUGGCGGUACCGGAGGCGGUCUAGGUAACGGAGGCAGCGGCCGCGGGGGCGGCGGGGGCGGCGGGGGCGGUAGCCCCGGUAGGGGCGGCGGCGGAGGCGGCGGCGGAGGCGGCGGCGGAGGAGGCGUUGGAGGAGGCGGAGGUCGCGGCGGAGGAAUAGACGGUGGCGCGGUACCUGCUACGCCACCGACCAUCAGCCGUUACCACCACCGCUACCAUCAUCACCAUCACCAUCAUCAUCGUAAUCACGAGCACGUCACCACGACCACCACGGCGGACGCCACUACCAUCACUGGCGUCGCCUGGCACCUCAGGCACAAACUACCCCUUGGAAAACAGUGCCUCGAACAUCGUCUUCAACACCGGCAUCACCAUCGGUCCCCCUAUCGGGCCGUAAACAUGGGCCAAAAGAUUUCAGGUGUGAAAAGCGUGACACGUGAGGCUGCAGCUGGAUCUGUUGGUGGAGUUGGCGUCGGCGGUGGCGGCGUCGUAGCGUACAAACCCGUGGUACCAAGAGAGCUGGCGCAACACUUCGCGAGGCCACCACGGCUCGAUGUCCUGCUCGACAUGCCACCCGCUUCGCGGGAGACGCAGAUUCAUCAUAGCUGGAACGCCAACGACCGUAGCCUCAACAUAUUCGUCAAGGAUGAUGACAAAUUAACGUUUCACCGACACCCAGUGGCUCAAAGCACAGAUUGCAUAAGGGGGAGGGUAGGUUACACGAAAGGUAUGCAUGUCUGGGAACUGUUCUGGAGCACGAGGCAAAGAGGCACGCACGCCGUAGUGGGCGUCGCGACGGCAGAGGCACCUCUUCACAGCGUCGGAUACCAGAGCCUGGUUGGCAAUAAUGAACAAAGUUGGGGUUGGGAUCUCGGUAGAAACAAGCUUUUGCACGACUCGAAGAACAAUGCCGGUGUCACGUACCCGGCUCUACUUAAACCCGACGAAACGUUCAUUGUUCCUGACAAAUUCCUCGUGGUCUUGGACAUGGACGAAGGUACGUUAGCUUUUGUCGUGGAUGGUCAAUACCUUGGAGUCGCAUUCAAAGGCCUUAAGGGCAAAAAGCUGCAUCCUAUUGUAUCCGCAGUAUGGGGACAUUGUGAAAUCACGAUGAAAUAUAUCGGUGGACUUGAUCCUGAACCUUUGCCUUUGAUGGAUUUGUGUCGAAGAGUGAUUCGAAAACGAAUCGGCAAGGAUAAGAUAGACGAGAAAGUGAAUGCGCUGAGCUUGCCGUUAGCGGUGAAGACUUAUCUCCUGUAUCGUGACAGGAGGUAACUACCGAGUGCUAGCUCCGAAACCAUUACCACCACGAUUACGACUGUGAACACCACCGCCCUAUUCAAUUAUUGCCACCACGACGCACAGGGGAACGCCCGCUACCCCGUCGCAAGCCACCGAACGCACCAGCCCAUAAGCCGCUUGUACGAUCCAUGGUGUUUGUAUCCAUGUAAGGAUAAAUCGAGACGAGCACGAUCAACGUGGUCGCGUACGUUGUCGUCGUCGUCGUCGUCGUCGUCGUCGUCGUCGUCGUCGUCGUCAUCGUCGUCGUCGUCGUCGUCUUCGUCUUCGUCUUCGUCUACGUCUACGUCCACGUCUACGUCUACGUCUACGUCAUCCUCAUCAUCAUCGUUGGCAUGAUAUUUGUCACCAUUAUCAUAUGUUCAUCAUUAUCGUUGACUGUUAUCAUUAACAGUCGUUGUUAAUCUGAUCGUUAUCGUCGUUGUCGUUCCCGCAUACGAUCGGACGAAGCUACGUGAAAAAGAAAAGAAUCGGACGCGCAGACGGGACACAUACGCGAACCGUAUCAGGUCUAGCGAAUUAUUUAAAUAAUAUUGUUGUCUUGUGUUAACGUCGAUAUCAUUAAAAUCUUGACGAAGUCUUUAUUAAUUGUUAAUAAUGAAAAAGUGACGUACGAUACAGUUAAAUAGGUUUCCGAGCAUAUCGCUCGACACUGUUAUUUCUUUAGUUUAUUUUCUUUUCCUUCUUUUUAUUUUUUUUCUUUUUUUUUUUUUUUUCUUUUUUUUUAGUCCUUUAACUUGUCGCGUUACUAAAACGUUCUGCGUCUGACGAAGAAGAUGCAAGGUGAGAAAUCGAGGACCUGAGUGUGAGGAUGAGAAUACAUACAUGUGCGGUUCGGUCAAGAGGAAAAAGCAAUAGAAAAAAAUGAUCACAAGGAAAAUAGUUCUUCACACAGUUGGCCAGUAAAACGUUUAGUCGAGUCUAAAGGCUGAUACGGAUAACGUUUCGGUUAUUAGUCAACAAUGGGUAGCGGGCUUGUUCUAGUCCGGGCACACUGCGCUAAUAGAAAACGAGAAGAAAAUGGGAUAGAAACGUACAUUUGCUUCACAACUUGAGCGAAGAAAAAAAUCGACGAAACUUCAAGUAGAUGUCACUAUGCGGACAGUUGUUGUUCACGCGGCUACCGAAAAGGAAAAUGUGUGUAUAGUGACGAAGAUGCCAGUCGAUCGAACAGCCACCUUCCAAUAGACUCAUUUUUCAAAUAUUUUCUAAGCAUGCUAGGUCUAAUAAAAUAUAGUGGUGUACAUGGUUCGUGGAUAGACAUGAGAAAAACAAAAGCGAAUUUCAUAUACACAUAUAUAUAUACAUAUAUAUAUACACACAUAUAUGUACAUAUAUAUAUAUAUAUAUGUAUAUGCGAUUCAAUGAGUAACAUGCCUCUGAUUGUUCUGUGUAUUUCAUCUUAUUUUGUUGUUCGUUUAGUUAGAAGAAAUCCUUAAAGGAAACAUACGUAUCACAGUUAGAAAUUAUCACUAAAUGACGUUUGAGCGGAACUCUACGAACAAAGGAGCCACGAAAACUUAUAGCGUUAUAAGAACAUCUAUUAUUUGAAGAUGUUGCGAAAAGAGAAACGAUAAACAGCAGUAACUUACCGCGAUUAAGUUAACUGAAGUAAAAAAAAGCAAGAAGAGAACGAAGAAGAUUAGGUGUACGUAGUUAAACGUUUAGGGCGAGCGAACGAACACGGUCAUAUUACGGCUGAGUAUAUUCCAAACACGAAUUAAAACUGACUGGGAGAGUGAAAAAGAGAGAAAAAGAACUGUCGCGGCACUAGUGUGUGAAUGUUACGUUUAUGAUACAAUGCAAAUCAUGCCGACGAUCCAGAAAAUAUAAUCACGAUGACGAUGACGGCCAUGAAUGAAUUGCGAUGAAAAAAUUCUAUCGGGCGUGUUGCUACCUAUACUAUUAGCAUGACAAAUUAUGACUGGUCCCUAGUAACUCUAAUCUUACGUUUAAUCUUACGUUUGUCGCUUAAGUUUAAUCAUAAUGUGCCGUUUAUCGGCGAUGUCGAUUUGUACAUAGGAUAUAAUUAUAAUAAUGAUAACAAUAAUAAUAAUAAUAUCUAUCGGUACGACACUGAA